GGAGGGCGGUGGCUUGGUGGCUGGUGCGGUCCUCUCUCCUCUGUCUCCCCGAAGCUGCCCCGCGAGCCCUCCCGGGGACUGAUGGGCUGGACCUGCCGGGGAGGCCACGGCUGCCGCGUGGACCGGACUGAAGUCCGCGGGGGCUGUCCCGCAGGGCUAGCUCGGCGGCCCCAAGCUUUCCCCUGCUAGCCCGGGGCGCACGAUGCUUCUGCCAACUUUGCGUUCGCCCAGCACAUAAUCAGUCUCAGAAGUUUGGGCUUCUUUAAGAACACCCACCCAGUGCUGCCGGACAAGGGAGAGAGGAGCUCGAGUGAGCUUCCCAACACGCCUCUGUUCAAGGGGCCCGAAGCCUGUAGAGGAUUGUGGGACUUCUCUACCAGCUUCUUGAAGGCUGAAGAGUCUAUCAUCCCUGUUGGAGGGGCACAAUCUCUCCUCCUAAUGAAAAAAGGCUUUGAGAAUGGAUUACUGCAGCCAGACCACUCUAGUCCCAUGUGGACAAGAUAAAUACAUUUCCAAAAAUGAACUUCUGGUACAUCUGAAGACCUACAAUUUAUAUUACGAGGGUCAGAACUUGCAGCUACGGCACCGUGAGGAAGAAGAUGAGUUCAUUGUGGAGGGAUUAUUGAACAUCUUCUGGGGCCUGCGCCGGCCUAUUCGUUUGCAGAUGCAAGAUGACAAUGAACGGAUUAGGCCACCUCCCUCCUCUUCCUCUUGGCACUCUGGCUGCAACCUGGGAGCCCACGGGUCCAUAAUGAAGCCUGUUGCCAUCCCAGAUAUUCAGAUCACUGACAUGGAUGCAGCACCUGGAAGUGACAGGAGGCUUAGCCCAACAGGGACCAGAGACCUGAAGCUCCUACAAGAAGACACGCCUCAGCUGAUGAGGACACACAGUGACGUUGGGGUUCGGCGCCGUGGCAACGUGCGCACCCCUAGUGACCAGCGGCGCAUCAAGCGGCACCGUUUCUCCAUCAAUGGCCACUUCUACAACCAUAAGACUUCUGUGUUCACCCCGGCCUAUGGCUCCGUCACCAAUGUCAGGAUUAACAGCACCAUGACAACACCUCAGGUCCUCAAGCUCCUACUCAAUAAAUUUAAGAUUGAAAAUUCUGCUGAGGAAUUUGCUUUAUAUAUCGUUCAUACCAGUGGAGAGAAACAGAAGCUAAAGGCCACAGAUUACCCCCUGAUUGCCAGAAUCCUCCAAGGCCCAUGUGAACAGGUGUCUAAAGUCUUCCUUAUGGAGAAGGACCAAGUGGAAGAGGUCACCUAUGAUGUGGCCCAGUACAUAAAAUUUGAAAUGCCAGUCCUGAAGAGCUUCAUUCAGAAACUCAAAGAGGAAGAAGACCGGGAAGUAAAGAGACUGAUGCACAAAUAUACGGUGCUCAGACUAAUGAUUGAACAGAGAUUAGAGGAGAUAGCAGAAAGCCCAGCUACCAUCUAAACCGGGGGUGGGGAACCACAUGUGGCCUGGAGGCCACAGGUUCCCCCCCCCGGAAUUCUAAACAGCCAGGUACGACCCUUCUGGAAACAGAUGAGUCUUAAGCCUUUGUUUACAUGAAGAAAUCCUGAGAUGGAGAAGGAUGGAGGCUUCCUGAAGGAUCUUGAAAAACCCUUCCCUCAACCUGGAACUCUUUGAAUACAAAACCCUUUUCAA